AGAACACCCCCCCCUCCUCCGUGCGUCCGCGAGGCACUGGGCUUUCUCUCCAGUCGGAACAGGCGCAGUGUGUGCGUGCAGCCUCUGAAUGGACUAGUUUCCCCCCUCAGCCACGUAAGAAGAAGAAGAAGCAGCACAGCGAGAGGAUGUCCUGCUAAACCAACGGGAUAGGCCUGGGAAAGUUGGCCGCUAUCCCCUUUAUAUCCUUUGGUAACCGCGCACCACCAGAACCACCUUUACGCACGAGAUUUUUUCUUCCAUUUUGAACAAGAAACCAGCCAAAAAAAGAGACUCCGCGCGCACAAAGAACUACUGCGUUUUCCGAUGCGCCUUUUUUCUUUUUUUGCCACUGUGGUAGAUGACAAUUCUCGCGCAUGGGAUAACACGAUCUGCUGGAACAAGGCCGUGCACUGACCUAGUGGCUAAGUGGUUAGCUCUGCACCUGCUGGCAUUAUUUGUCUGUCGAUUUACGCAACGAUAUCUCCAGAAAAAAAAAAGCCUGUUCCCUGUUUUGCUUGCGCGUAAUGCUCGUCCUUUUGCAAGCUGCAUACGUGAAAUUGUUUCGAUUUUUUGAAACGUGCCAUACAAAAUCCUGCAGAAUAAGCUACCGAGACGAGAUCCCCCUGCUCCUCAUCUCAUUCAUUGUGCGACUGACUUUUUUGUAGCCCUUUUGUUGAACAUUUUCCGUGUUUUUUUGUUGGUUUGAUGAAUCCGCAGCAGGUCUGUGAAGCGUAGUGGACACGGUCAGGGACGAGUUUAAUCCUGUUUCCUUCCCCCCUUUCCUUCCCCUUCCACAAAGGAAUCAAGUUAGUGUCUGGAAUUGCACAUGAAAUUACUUUAUUUGUGAAUGACUCCCGGGUUGCCAAUGCGCAGAUAUUCCCGUGCGUAAUUUCCAUUGAGGGGAAAGCCUAAGUUUGACCCGGUUAUUUAAAGUUUUCCUCGGGUUUUGUCGUGGUUUUUUUGCACCAGGACAAGCAAAGGAAGCCGAGGCAGUUUUGUUGGAGCUAUUUCACCAUUCCUCAUGAACAUACAAAGGUCAAAUCCUAUCAACAUUUCACGUUAUGGGAGAUCGAGACACAAAACGCACGAUUUUGAAGAAUUGUCUUGUCUAAGGACUACAGAGAGCUUCAGCCCCAACCUCGGAUCUCCAAGCCCGCCCGAGACCCCCGACUCUUCCCACUGUAUUUCCCGGAUCGGGGACUACCUUUUGUUGGAGCCAUUGGAGGGAGACCACGUUUUCAGAGCCGCCCACCUGCACAGCGGGGAAGAGCUCAUAUGUAAAGUCUUCGAGAUUGGCCGAUACCAGGAGUCUCUGGCGGCCUACUUCGCUCUGGGACAGCACCAACACAUAAACCAAAUCCUGGAGAUCCUUUUGGGCGAGACCAGAGCCUAUGUGUUCUUCGAAAGGAGCCACGGGGACAUGCAUUCUUUUGUCCGCACUUGCAAGAAGCUGCCAGAAGAGGAGGCUGCGCGACUGUUCCGUCAGAUAGUGUCCGCUGUAGCACACUGCCACGACAAUGGACUGGUCCUACGAGACCUAAAACUCAGAAAGUUCGUCUUCAAGAACGAGGAGAGAAACCUGGUGAAGCUGGAGAGCCUGGAGGACACGUACAUCCUGGACGGGCUCGACGACUCUCUGUCCGACAAACACGGAUGCCCUGCCUACGUCAGCCCCGAGAUCCUCAACGCCAACGGCAGCUACUCCGGGAAGGCCGCGGACGUGUGGAGCCUGGGCAUAAUGCUCUACACCAUCCUCGUGGGGCGCUACCCAUUCCAUGACGUCGAACCCGGAUCGCUGUUCACCAAAAUCCGCCGGGGCCACUUCAACAUCCCAGAGACUCUAACCCCUAAGGCGAAAUGCUUGAUCCGCUCCAUUCUACGCCGCGAGCCCAACGAGCGGCUAACUUCGCGGGAGAUUCUUGCACACCCUUGGUUUAUCUCCUCCGGGGGGAUAGGGGGCGCCGCGGGUCACGGCAAAGCGGAGAGGGACCAAGAGCAAACGGUGCCUGAUGUCAACAUGGAGGAAGAAUUGGAGCAGUUUUUCAGUUGAGUUUGAAACAUCCAACCCAAGCACAAUCGGACAUCGCCAAGGUCGGCCCCGCCAAGCUAGCGCGCGGCCGGGCCAAAAUCUAGUAGUGAAAUAGAAAUCGAUGGGCAUUUGUCACUCUUAUAAAGGUUUUUCCAUCUUGUUUUCCUCUCCAUCUUUUUUAAAAUUGGGAAAACCUCAAGCCUGAUUAGACAAAUGUCAUCCGAUCGUCACCUGGUACAGCACCCGGCCCGAACGGGGGAAGGGUGCGACCGACCGACCGACCGACCGACCGACCAUGCAAGUCGCAAAUGUAGCAAUUGUUGUUUUGGUUUAUGUGGUGCUCUUAAAGGUAGAUCCAUUGGCCAUUUCUGACACUAUGUAUGGAAAGCAUGAAGGGACAAAAAGACGGGAAACGAAAGGAGAAGUAAUACAGCUGACCAACUGCAGCACCGCACCUUUCUCACGAUGUUUUCUUUCCGUGUCCGCAGACCAGUGUCUUCAUCAACGUGGCUAAACUCAUUUCAUCGAAGUUUAUAUUUUAACGUUUUGUUCUUUUUAAAAAAAUCAUUAACAUAAGCAUUUUUAACUCGUUUGUACUUCACAUCUGUCUGUUUUUUAAGUUGUUUUCAGCACUAUCCAGUCAUGAAAGCUGCCUUCGUCACUCCCAAAGCCUCUCACUCAACGGUUUCCUGGUUUAACCCAAAAAAAAAAACGAGAAAAAAAAAAAAAACGUCAUGCACUUAUCGUGUUAGUGAAUGGACAGUUCAACCUCGAUGAAAUUAGCUUCCUCUUAUUUAAAUGAAUUCUUCAGUUGUAGAAACAAAAGAGCAAAACAUUUAUUUAAAUUGUAACAGUGAUAUAUAAAUAUAUAAAAUAAAUAUAUAUAUAUAUUUAAAUCUAAGUACAUUGCAGGGUUUUCUUUCUUCGGAGAUUCCUUUUCAUGUAUAACGUAGGCAAUAUCUCGACACAGGACAGGCGUGGUCUGUCUGAAGUUUUUUUUGUACCAGACGUUUCUGUGCCAGUUUUCUUGCAAUCAUUUCUUUAAAAAAAAACCUGGCUCAGAUGUUCAGUUCUGGCUCUAGUUUAGGACCUUUCGUUUUUUUUCCCCGAUGCCUGCGUAGGUCCUGCGAGCGCCCGAGAAAACACAGUACAGUGGACCCGUUUCGUCGUAUGUCAAUGUUCUUCAGUUGUGUUUUUUUACCUAGUCAUGGCAUGUGUCCCAUGGAUUCUAUAGCCCGCCUCGCAGGGAGGGAAGGAAGGGAGGGAGGGGGGUGCUUGUUUUUUCUUACAAAAAUUUCAACGUAAACAUGUUCAAAUUUGCUACUUUCUCAGUUGCUUUUUCAAUAAUCCCAAACUAUUGCUUUUCUGGUUUUGUAGACUGAGCUCUGUUCUUUCAGUUGGUGCUGAUUUGGUGCUAUGUUUAGUCCUUUAGUUUCAUGGAGGAGGAGGAGGUGCAUGGUGGAAUAUCUGCCUCACAUGUUCUGAUUGUAUUGUAACAGAUUCUUGUGUUUUGUCCAAAUUUAUUCAGUAAAUAAAUUGUGAACUGCUACUUUCA